AUGUCGAUCGUGACCUCCUUUCCCUUGUGGAGGGUGCAGGGGCUGGUGGUGCAGCCGGUGAUGGCAAGUUGUAAGAUUCCCGGUACUUUACAAAAGUGUGCUAUUAUCAUAUUUUCAUCUUUAUUAAUAACAACCCUAUUUGGUGGGUACCUAUCAGCUAACUGUCCCACUCCGGCCACAAUCGCACCAUGUGUUUGCCUAUUUCAAGACAAAUACCGGGAUGCAAAUGACCUAGCCGGAAAUGCGAUAUCCUGUUUGGGGGACAGGGAUCUGAAUCUGAACUACAUAUUCAGCGCAUUAAGCAAAGAGUUGGACGGCCAGGAUAAAAAUUAUGCCGCGUUUAUGCUAAAUAAUACUGUUAUUGAAAAUGGCGCUAAAAGUCUGCAACGAAUUAAUGUCGACGCCUUCGGGCCCCAGUCAAAGCUCAAGACUAGAUUUUUGUACAUUUUAAAUACGCCCAUCAUAAAUGACCCAGAGUACGAUAUUACGCCCAGGUCUAAUAAAAAAUGUCAGGGUCGGAAUCGUUGUUUACAUUACUCUCCGUAUAUCUUCCCGGAUUUCCUACACCCUGUGUUGCAUAAUAAGAUACACUGUUUCCACGCCAUACCCUCUAUGAUUUGCAUGCAUUUAGCCCACGCCCUCAAACCUGUGGGCAUGGACUCCCAGCCAUUCAUACUGCGAAACUCAACGAGUCAACAAUGCACGGAUUACAAAGAGCUGGAAACGAUCGCCAGUUGGUUCGGAGGCCUGAAACACAGAGUCAGUUAUUUGAUGAUCAGUACAUACCUUAAUCCGAUAGCACCGGGAGGAAAGGUAGUCCUUGAUGUCUCCGUGGACGGUACCACAGAACAGGUCUCCAGUCGAGCCGAUAAGUCUGGCCUUAACGUCAGCCUCGAUGGUAGGGGUGGCGCCGGGAAUAGUGAUCUUAGCCGAGAACUUCUUUUUGUCGCCCUUUUUGAUGGGACAGGGGGUGUCUUUGCAGCCGUCCUUAACCUUGUCGAAGUCGGGGAUCAGAGUAGCCAAGUCCAGGUCGAGACCGUCAAUAAUGGCGUGUAG